GAAGGUUGAUGUUAAAGGUUAACAUCACAUAAUUUGCGACUCAAACUAAUCCUUUACACUAGAAUUUGCUUGCAUCGGGCCAACCAAUGAGAACAAAUGCAUAUCGUGAAGGCAUUGACUUCUUUCAAACAUCUACUCUCAUAAAUCUUCUCUCCCACUCGAAUUUACUAUCCUCAAACGACUUGCAACCGGCGAUCCCUCUUUAGUCGCAAAGCCCAAAACCAUGGCUUCUGUUGUAUAUGAUGGUGUAGGGGGCGGAGGAGUCCUCUUUGAAGGAAUGAAAUUCUUUAUUCUUCAGCGAGUUCCUUCGCGCUCAAGAUGGGUUGAGUUAAUUCGAUCAAACGGGGGUGAAGUCGAAAAACUCGAAAAGAAUGCCGAAAAUAUAAUCGCAGAUCAUAUGCGAAAAGAUGCGCCGCCAGGAUCUAUUUCAUGGAAGUUUAUUGAAGAUUCUGCCAGGGCUGGGAAAUUGGUAGAUAUGGACGAAUAUCGAUGUGGUGAACGAGCAGCUGCACAACCCGCGAAAACCAGACGCACACGUUUUACAACUGAGGAUGAUCGAAUCUUGACCCAAUGGGUCUUGGAAGGGGAGCGUCUGGGACGAUUUAUCAAGGGUAAUGAAUUAUACAUCGAAUUAGCAGAACAAUAUCCUCAUCAUACAUAUCAAUCCUGGCUAGACCGUUGGAAGAGGCACCUUCUGCCCAGUUAUGAAGCAGGGAAUUUACCUUAUGAACACGAUGACAAUUUACCAUCUCCCGAUAGGGAACCGAAGAAGCGUGCUAAAGGGGGGCUGGCUAAGCCUCUUGCAACAAGAGUUUCUCAUGAACGCGCACAGUCUGCGGCGUCGAGUGGAACAGUCUCGGUUCCUGCCUCAACAGCUCCGCCAAAACCCACGAGCUCUCGACCACCGCCUCAACCAUCUCGACCAAUUAACUCAGAGGCCUCAGCCUCCGAGGUGGAGAUAAAAGAGCCUGUGAUUGGAGGAAUAUUUACAAAAGAGGAUGAUGAUCUAUUACGAGAAGAGUUUGAGUCCAUUUGCAAAGUAGAUUCAUCUGAAGAAAUUGAGGCUUGGGGGUUGUGGACUAAGACGCAUGGGCGACAUCCUGCUCAAGAAUGGCGAAAUUAUUUCCAUGAAGACUUUCGCCCUCGAGAGAUGAAAAAGAGGGAAAAGAAGACAGAGACAAGUGACAAGUCUAUAUCAGCUCCACUUAUUCGGCAUGUUUCUAGUCCCCUGAGCGGUAGAAGUCCGAAAGAAGUCACGCAAACGAACCAUUCUACCAAAAUUCCGGAGAGAACCUUAGUGAAAACUACUGCCAAAAGCUCCGCUACAUCUCACAAUACAGAAUCAAGAGUUGAUCCAAAACUAAAUACACCUGAAGUCUCAACACGAACAAAGCAUUCUACCUACAAGCAGAAGAAAGACUCACCCGAAAUUGCUACCCAAAGCUCAGCGACGUCCUCUAUCAACGUUAAACCAAUAAGCGAUUCAAAACUAAGCACGCCAGUAGAAGUAAACGCAAAAACAAAGCAUUCUCCGCCCCAGUUUGAAGAAGCUUUAGUAAAAGCCACUGCUCGAAGUUCUGCUACACCUUCUCGCAAUGCUAAAUCAAAAGUCGACCAAGAACCAAAGACACCAGAGGCAGCACCUGUGGAAUUUGAUUUGGAACAAAGGCCUUUUAUGAAUUCGCUGACGACCGAAGAGGACUACUUCACGCUUACCCUAAAACAAUUCUGUGAGGAGGAUGAAGAAGAACCAAUCUUUAAUCCCAGAAUUCGUGGAAAACAAAUUUCCCUCUUCAGACUUUGGCAAAUCGUCAUGGUAUUUGGAGGCUUUGAAAAGAUAAACGCCGAAAGUCAAUGGCAAGAGGUGGCUGAUAAAUUAAGCUUCCCUAUUGCCAACCGUUCCGAGGCUGCGCAAGAUUUGAAGAGCUGUUAUGACGAAAUUCUAUCCGAAUUUGAAAAAGUCGUAACCGAAGAAGAGAAUGACCCGCGGAGUAUCCUUAUGUUCGCGGCCUCGCCAGAUGAUACUUCGAUAGCUUCUCAGUUUGCUGAUUCAAUUAUACGCAGUGUCCAACGACCCACUGGCCAUGAAAGGGAUGUAGAGGAUGACGACGAAGUUGUAGAACUACCACCAUUGAAAAAUUCUAAGCAAUUCUCAACCAUGUCCACUAAGAAGCGCGCGAUUGACUCUGAUGGAUUGUCCAACCAUAGCGAAUCUUCGGCAAUCAACCCUAAGCGUAAAGCUAAACGUGUUAGGACUGAUAAGGGUAAAGGUAGAGAGGUAGAGAUUCCAUCGACCCCAGAACAUAUUUUUAAUGCUACAAAACCAUCUCGUCAUACGUCGCCACUCAAAUACCAAGUUAAUGAGGGUGAUGAUGGUAGUAGCGGUGAGGAUAGUAGAGAUCUUGAAACUCGAGAAAGAAUAUUUCGUACUCAGCAAAAGAAAUCACCAAGUUUAAUCCGGAGAGCUCCAGCAAAAAAACUCAUUGAGCCAGAGACACAAGACUUUCAUUACCCAGACAUUGAUAAUCAAGCCCCAAUAGCAUCUUCAAAUCCAGUCCCGAGGAAAGGGACCCCAGGUUCCAUCAUUGAUUUAUCUCGGGAUUCUUCUUCCAAGUCGGAAGCAGAAGCAGAUUCACCAGACGCCGUUGAAAUUGAGUUCGCUAAAUAUAUUGACCUUGGCUAUUCCGAAGAUAUUAUCUACAAAGCUUUAAUAGCAUCAACCUAUGACUUUGAUACUGCAAGUCCAGUUAUGAACCAGUUGCAAAUGGGACGCGGGAUACCGGACGAUUUAGCAGGAGUCUGGACUCUGAGAGACGAUAAUGCGUUAAAGAAGAGGAAAGGAAAAGAGUAUGAGAGAAUUAGGGGGAAACAUGGUGAUGGGAGAGUUAAUGCGAGGAUUAAGUUCUUGCGUAAUCUCAGUGAGAUUGAUCAAUGAGUGGAGAUGAGUAGAUUUCAGGAAGUGGACGGGUGUGUUGACAGUUGGCGACAGGGAAGAUAUAAUGGCACUUGUGGUCCGAGGUAUAGGACAUAUGACGCAGAGGCGUUGUAUGUAAUGCGAAGGGUAAGAAUGAGAUGUGAUUUGUCUUACGAAUGGGUCCUUUUUUGAUUUGGGAAUAUGGUUCAUUCAAUCAGCGCGUGAUACCCAUGGAAUCAGGCGAAUGGCUAGCUUUUACUGUAAAUAUCUUUUGGGUAAUCUCAUUGACAUAUUUACAUUUAUCCA